AUGUACGCAAAAAUUGACGGAAACCCGCCUCCGCAUGUGAAAUGGUCCUUGAACUAUUCCGAGAUCUACAACAAGUCGGAGUUUUCGGACAGUUUUGGCGACUACUGGCUGACAAUUCGCGAAGCUCAGAAAAACGGAACAGUGACUUGCUCGGCUUCGAAUAAGGUGGCAAAAGCAACAACAGAAUGCAAAUUGACAAUUGAUGAAACGAUCACUUUAUGUAGAAAUCUAAACACCUCCGAAAUCGGGUAUCCCGUAGACGUCCUGUCCCAAAUCCGACUCCGAGCCCCAACUCCAGUGGGAACAUACUCGCCGAAAACAUUCGUGCUCCUCGUAAACGCCAUCACAAGCGCAGACCAGAAACAUUUCAACCGGGACUACUACGUUUGGCGUCAAUUGAACAUCCAAAGACCAGUCAAACUGCCGAUUGACAUGACGGUCGAUAACUGGAUUCGAGCUCGAUACGACAACAAAAAAAGCAAAGCUGAUUUGAUCACCUGCCAGGCGGUAAUUCGAGGAUAUCUAGUUAGGAAACACGUGAACAUGAUGAAAGCUAUUUACAGCUCGCCUCGCGUGCCUGAAAACUUGAAGAAAAUUGAAGUUUUGGAACAGCUCUUGGACCUGGAACCGAUCAGCAAGGAAACUCUUUUCUUCGUCAAACUGAACCAGUUUACUGUGAUAUACUUCGACCGAAACGCCUCCACUCCCGAAGUAACGACUGGUUACGUAAUGCGCAACCCGAUUGAAGAUCAAGUUGACGAAAUUGACACUCCUGUUGAAAUCAGUUUCUCAUUCGCUAGUCCUGAACCGGUACUCUCAGCCAAUCAGCGCGAAGUAUACAGCGAUGAACUCAUUCACGCUCUGCCUACUGAAGAAUUUUCGUUUGCGCAAACUUUUAACCUCGAAAGCUUGGUAAAAACUGAUCGAUCAAAAAGAAGUUACCAAGUAGAUCAUAAGCAAGCCGAUCAAGUCAAUGAAGAUUCGCAUCCCGCGCUGAGUAAAGUAGGACAACUUCCGGUUAUGGUUUCACUUGAUUUCACGAUUCCGAAGCACGAGCGAGAGGCUAAAUGUGAUGCCUACUGGCAUUACCCGGAUAUGUUUUACGCCCUGACAGCCGAAGCGUUUAGACUUGGCCGCCCUUUGAUGUUCGAAGACCGAUUGUUUGACCAUGGAACCCAGAUAUUUGUACCAGAACAACCGGCUGUCGAGCUGACGGAAUCGGAUGUCCAGGAGUCGCUCCAGACUUCGGAAGUUGAUUUUUCAAACCAGUCCGAAAGUUUUGCUUUCGAUGAUAAAUUUCCAGAUAUCCUAGUUGAUGAAUUCAAUCCAAUUUUCCCUGAAGAUUCAGUUGAACCACAAGACGCUUUUGAACUCUCUGAAAACGAGGCAACAUGUUUUGAGUUACCAGUCGAGUGCUUGUCAAUCAUCGAAGAAUUAUUUACCGGGGAUCGCGCUAAGCCACUGCCAGUUAUGGAGCAUAUUUUAGAACGAGUCGAUACUGUUGUUUGUUCCGAAAUCAAACCAGCAGUAGCGGAUAAGACAAAACAGUCCUUGAUGGUUUCCGCUGAAGUCACGAUACCAACAGCUACCAGCUCUGACUUUAGCAUUGAACCUUCAGUUGCGGAACUCGUGGAUGCUGAUGAUUUCCCUACUGUUAAAGCGUCAGUUCGAGAGCACAUUUACGAAGCUCUUGAUAAACCGGAUGUGCUUUUCCCAGUUUUAACAGCUGAGCUCAACGACCUUGAGAAACCUACUGAAACAUGCGAGGUGUAUGAUCAAAUUGAUAAUUUUGUUCCGUGGCGCGAGGUCUCAGACAAGCUAGUUCCAAGUAUGUGCGCUCCAGAAUUAAACCAAAUGCAAUCCAUAGAUCUCGAUGAUAUUCAGGAGCCAACAUUUGAAUCUAUAGUUGAAGAAUCCCCAGAAACAUUUGCGACUCCUGAAGCGCAAACGUUCACAGAUUGGACAGAUGCUAUCUGCGCUGCGGAUGAUGUGCAGUUAAUGUUUAAGGCCCCGGAAAAAUUGCAGAGACCACCAUUGCCAGAGGACCGGGCAAUUAAGACAAACCUAGAACCCUCUUUGGCUAAAGCUCCUACUAAAGCAGUGGUACCAAUAGUCGCGUUUGCUGCAAAACCAUCGUUUAAUCUUCUCGAAGCUCCUGAACUUGAAAACCGGCCCAAAUCCAAGAAAACUUUGCCUAAGAUCAAGUCUCAAAAAGAACCAAAAAUGAACGUCAUACAACUAGAAAGAGAUAUUUCGUUGUAUACAUGCAGAGGGCUGGAUGCAUUUUGGUUUGAAGAUACAUCUAAAGAGCUUCCUUGGGUUCUGCCAGAGUUUUGCCAAACUAAAGGAGAUCCAGAUUUGAUUGAGGAAGAAAUACUGGAAGAAGCUCCUCCAAACAACGACGUUGAGUCGACUCCAACCGAUCUCUUUGACGAGGAUCCCGGCAGCAAAGGAACCGAGGUUGAGCUAUACGUUAAUCUCGAAACGUUUGAUGUUGAAAUGCAGCAGGAAACUGCAGAUUUUGAAGAACUGUUGGAUCUCUUGUCAUCUCCUAUAGUUCCAGAAGAAGCAGUUUCAGAGAACAUGAUUCGUGUCGAGGAUUUGAACAUUUGGUUCCGAGCUGAAAAAGUUGAGACGGAAAAAGAACCCGAAAAUUCUGUGAAGAGCUUCACCGGAAUCAAAGACACAGCAAAGAUGAGAAAUACUUGCAAUCUGGGCCGAGCAGCUCUGGAAGGGUUUGAUUUAAAGGAAGCUGCUCAGUUCAUGACAGACCCAGAUUUAAAUGUAGAGUUACCUCAGAUUGACUCCAUUAAUGAUCCCGAACCAUCCAUAGCAACUCCUGGCUACAAAUAUAAACUGUCAAUUGGAAAAGAAACUCAAACAUCUUGGAUUGGACCCAUACCCGAAGAAUUUUUCUAUCUUGAACUUCCUGAAGAUCUAAAACAAGUAUCUGUAAAUGACGUAGAAAAUAAUUGCCCAUAUGAAGCCCAAGCUGAACAAACUUCAGUAGAAUGCGCAGCUUUUGUACUCGAAACUCCUGAUGUGGCUACUGAUGAAAUUCCAUUUGAAAUAGACCAAGUUGACCAAUCACAUUUUGCCAAAGAAUUCGUCGCGCCGUCUGAACAGAUUAUUACUGAAGAUUCAACAUCCGCCCUGUCAAUCGUAGCCCAAAAUGUCCCUAGCCUAAAGACUGAGGUCUUGACUGUUGAAAAACCUCAAGAACUGAGUUUUAUACACUUUGUUCCUCGGGAAAUAAACACUGAAACGGCGCGGUCUGCUAGCAAACCUAUUGUAUCCACUGGACUAGAAAAGUCAGUGGAAUACCAGAAAUGUCUGGAGAUUUACGACGAAGUAAUGCCAAUGUUUCUAUGCGAAGAGCCGCUGCAAUCUGCAGGAAUCGAUCCGUUUGAUGAGAAACUUGAAGACCAAGAACAACCGGCUUUAUGUUCAGCUGAAGUUUUACCAAUCACACCAAUGCAGGAAAAAAUUUUGAACAUCGAGCCGAAGGCUCUAGGAUUUGGAGAAGUUGUCACUGAAGUCGAAAACUAUCAAGGCAACGAUCUUAAAGAAGCCAAAACAAAGAUCCACGUUCAUGAAGCUCUGCCACUAGACUGCAAAGACUCUUGGAAAGAGUCAUCACCGCUCGAAUCGCAGCCGGAACUAGAAUCUCCUGAUGUUUCAACAACUGGAAGAGAAUGUGCAAAUGUUCUAUCAGAUAUAAAUGAACUCAUUUCGACGGCCUUAGGUUUGCCAUUCAAUCCCACAGUUUGGACCCGUGCUUCAGUUUUGCCUUUAGAAAAAGCACAAGAUUUACCCAAAUUGACAAAAGUUGACCUAAGUUUGAACCCCGGUGUUCAUGAAAAAGACAUGAAGAAAUACGGCAUGGUUGAAGUAAUUGUUCUAUCCGAACUUAGAGCGCCUCUUUUUGAGACGGAUCCGUUUCGCGAUGCCGCUGACGUAGAACCAAUUUCGGACUCGGAGAUUUGUACAGCUCUUGAAAACACCGACUGGCGUGAUGCAAUAGGCAAAAUAGACUCGUUCACGCUCUUAAAAGCCGAGGACUUUUCAAUUCCCGAAGAGGAGCCGUUUUUUCCAGAAAUCAUAGAAAGCCGCCAACUGCUAUCAGAGGCUCCCUUUUCGUUUCCUGACGAUGAACCUAGACAGGCCUCAGCAUCUGAAGGUGUGAUAAGAUUUGAAGAGACUGAUGGUAUGUCAGACGAUGAAGAGAAUUUCUGUGAAGAACACGCAGGCGAUGAGAAUUUAUUUUGGACCAUGGAAGACGAAACAAAAGCCAAAACAGACGCUUUGGGAGUUGAAAAGGCAAUACAAAUCAAUGGAACUAGCUUGAUUCCAAAAGAAAAAUACCCGAAAGCGCAUUUAGCAGAAACAAAUUGCCAAGGCAAAGCUGUAGUUGCAAAACCAAUCGAACCUGUGAUGAGAGUUUUCGGAGCUUUGAACAAGACCCGCGAAAUAAUUCUGACUAAGUUGGACCCGCUGGAUGCCAAAAGAAUCACAGAAACAGCUUUUUCGAAAGAGGAACCUUUUACCAAGACUUUGAAUUAUGUUAAAGAAAAGACCCGAAGUAUUCUUAGUGCAGCACAUGAAAAUGCAUUCAAUGAAAUCGAGCUCAAAUCUUUUGAACUUCCAAAGAAACCGGAAGAAGCGCUAGUCACGAUACAUGAACAAAACGACACGGUCAAUACAACUAAAGAAAAAAUAGCCGAUGUUGCUUUCAAGUACUUCGAAGCCUCGAUCAAAUGGCAAAAUGCCCUGGACAACAUAAUGCCCGCUUAUGAGGAAGAACUUUUCCCGAUAGAAGAUUCGGGUGUUGUAAUGUCCGAAGCUCCAAUGGAGUUCCCCGAAGCCGAACAACUCUUCCGUGCUCAACAAGCCGAAAUAAAAUUAAACGAACCUGUUGAAGCUCUGGAAUCCCGAAAAUCUCAGAUGCCGAGCGUAGUGAAUGUACGAGAAGUUAGAAGCUCAGAUCCGGAAAAAGAUGCAACCCCGUUCAAACUAGGUUUCGCAGAGGUGCUUGAUAUUCCGUUUGAGGAAAUGGCAGAAUUUACGGCUGAUGAUUACAUUUUUGCUGAGCCGGAUCAACCUUCAGGCGACCAAACGGGCGGGAAAGUUGAUCAAAAUCCAGAACUAGCUUUGCACGAAGUUAGAGGUUUUAGCUCAAUGACGCCAGAUUUGUUUGUCGUAUCUCAAAAAUGGGUCCAAGUACAAGAUCUUACCUUAGUGAACGAAUCUUGCGAAGCCCUGGCAACUAAUGACCGACUUGAAAUAGUGCACGAAUAUCUUGAGAUUCGAUUGCAGAAUGAAGUUGCUUCCGAGCUCAAGCUCCCUGAAAAGAAAGAAUCUUGUGAUGUUCUUGAAUUCAUAGCUGACGAAAAAGAUUCGAAGAUGUCGCAGAGAACCCAGUUGGCCAGAGCGCCUGAAGAUGACACUCAAUGGGGUUUCACGGAUCCUAUAGACUACUCAUUAACUGAGGAACAAGCAGAAUCCGAGAAAGUUCCAGGACUCGUUUUUGCCGACGAUAUAAUUGAUAAAGACGAAGAAGCUAAUGCAGAAACAAUCCUCAUUCCUGUUGAAAUUGCGGAUCAUGCUUGGUUGCAGGAAGAAUUUGGUACCUUGCCAGUUCCUGGAAGUUCAAAAGAGGCGUUAAAGGCAGGCAAAAGCGGAAUUUCAAGCACUGUAAGCAUUCAUGAUUUUGGAAAUCUACAAUCAAGUGUUCCAGAUUCUCUGGUUAUCAAAAUCUCAGAGCUUGAAUUCGCCGCGAGCUCAACAGAAAAUGAUGAAUUGGUUCGCGAAACCCGAGUCACGGAUGAAGUUGUGCUUUGUGCGCCGUUGAAACCUGAUGAUCAAGUUCUUGAAAGUGAAGAUUUCACAAUCGAAUUGGAUCAAUGCAACGAUAUCAAAGAAGUCCCCGAACUUUUAGUCUCCGAAGAAAAUGAAGACGUCUCGUAUUGCGCGCCGCAAAUUGUUGAACAACCGGAGGAGCCGAACUUAAAGGCCGAUGAAAUUGAAGUUGAUCGAAAGUUUGGCAGGGCUCUUAGAACUAUUGAGAAAGUUGAGUUCAACUCUGUGUUUUCGGAAAUCACAACUCGACCAAUUCAAGCCAAUAACAAGUCAACCAGAAAUUUAUGGCCAAUUCAUGGAAAUACCAAAAAACUAGAAGAAGCGGAUCAAAAAACUAAUGUUUUAGUACAUCAAACAACACUAUUCGAAAGAACUCUAACUUUUACUGAAACCGAAGCUUUGCAAUGCGUAAGCGAAGCGAUCAUUUGGAACAAAACGUACGAAGCCGAAAAGCCCUUAAAAGACGUUGAAACUGCAAAACUGAAAAGGGACUCGCCUCCUCAUUUUGACAUUGCGGAGCCGAAAGUAAUCAAAUCUGUUGGCCAAGAAGACAUCGUGUACUUAGAUUUGAAGUUCAUCGAAGAAAUCGAUUUCGGAUACCCGCCUGAAUCAGACAAAGCAGAACUAUCAAUGGGCUCUGAAAAAACUCCGUAUGCCUCUUUGUCCCAAGAUAUAAAACUCUCAAUGGCGAUUGAAGGAAAAGAUUUAUCGACCUUCUCCUUUCCAUUUUUCACUCGUGACAAAGAAACUCAUUCAGUUAAAGCGUACAAUGCGGAUCCACUUUUCACCAAUAUCGAUAACCUGCAGCCGACUUUCAGUGCAUACCUGGACGUUUGGAUCCCAUAUGACACGACUUCCAUGAUUCUCUAUAAUGACUUUACUGAAAAACCGCAGGCCGAAUUGCAAACAGACGACGUUUAUAAAGCCGACCAAAGCAAAGUUCCAGUGUUUUGCAUCUACGCAAACUUGGAGACCCAUAAAAUGACAGAAAAAACUGGAGUUUUGAAUGUCAAAGAUGCAGUGAAACAAUUGAACCUCGAACGAACUAAAACCAUGAACUUUGUUGACUUUAACGAAGUUGACAGAGUAGACGGCGAUGAUUUCAUUCCCAUGACGACAGAUGACAACUUGGAGUCCAUUCCUCCGCCCGUCAUAGAAGAAGACAUAUUUGCCACUCCUGCGUCGCAUGUUUUGGCUUGCAACAUUGAGAAACUGCCCAAAAAGCCAAAGAAAGCAAACAUCAUGCCUCACAAAGCUGAAAAUUUUGCAAACGUCCUGCAAAUCAAUUGGUUAAUUCCUAUGCCUCUGAAGGAACCAAAAGCUCCUGAAAAUGAAUGCGGGAAAAUUGUUGACGAAUAUUCUGAAAAGUGGAACUGGAGAUAUGAUCAUUUCCCUUAUGGACGAGUUAAAAUCUUUGAAGUUGAAAUGCAAGAAGUUGUGGCUGAACAGUUCGGAGAUGAAACGAAAGACGCUCCAAUAGCAGAGAUUACAGAAAUUGAGCAACAGUUGCCAAAACCAAGACAAGUUCAUUGCGGGGCUCUUCCUUUGAUGACCUUGAAAGAAGGUCUGCCUGAAAAAUCAGAAUGGAUUCCUGAAAAAUCAGAACCAGAAAAAUGCGACAAGGAAUCUCUUAUUGGUAAUAUUUUGAACGCCGAACCGGAUUACGAUUUAAAUUUUACUCUUGCAUCGGUCCAAGAGCUGGAAAUUCCGUUUCAAAGUGUUGAUUUUAUGCCUUUUUCACGACGAUCUAACGUUACUGCUGCGUUUGGGGUUUUUGAUAUGAAGUUUUAUGAAGGAACUUUGCAGUCGCAGCAGCGUCUGGCUAAGCCCGACGACGCAUUUUUAGCUUUAACAUCGCUUGCCGAGUUUUUAAUACCCGAGGAACAAAAAUAUACAGCAAGUCUACUCGACGUUCUCGACCCGAAAGAAACUCUAAACCGACCCGUUAGAGUUGAAAAACCACAUGUUUACACCGCUGAAGAGGCUUGUCUGUUUUGGGAUUGCGCCGAACCCCGAUCGGUUGAGAAACCCGAACGUGCUACGCCUGGAACCCAGGAAGAGGAUCCAAAAGCCGAGUUAUACGAAGCUGACGAGUCAGAAACUCAAGUGCUUGCAAGAGGUCGACCGCAGUUUCCGAAAGUCCAGCAAGUAGAAAACCACGAAGACGAUGGGUAUUUUAUUCAGCCGAAGACUAAAAAGGCGGUGCUUUUCAAAGAACAGGGUCUUGGAAAACAAGCGACAAAAUUCGAGCACAAAAUUGUGGACCAAAUCGAUGGACCCAUUCAAGAAGACUGGCUCGAAAUGGAACCACCAGAUGAUGAACUAAACGAGGAACCAAUUCAGCCAACGUUCAAGGAAAGGAUUUACAAAGAGCCUCCUAAAGAGGAUGCUGAUUUUAAAUUAGCUAUAGUAGGCGAGCAUGUAUUGCCAGAUUUGUAUUCAGGACCUUUACACCCUGUGGUUUCCGAAGUCCAGAAAUGCGUCCAAAAUUCAGUUCCUGAGCCUUCUAACGAGAGAUUUGAAGAAAAUCUACCUUUGAGUUCGGCUUGCUUAGCUUUUGACGAUAACAGAGGAGCAGAUUUUACGCUGCCGAAACCAAAAUACAAAGAAAUGAAUUCUGAAAGCUUUGCUGAAGAAACACACAAAAUCCCGGAUACCUUCAAUGCGAUCACCUGCUUAGCCGAAAUUGUCGACGAUAAAGCUGAAUCGUCAAAUCUCAUUGCCGAUUUAAGAGACAAAAAGUCUAUAACUGCCGAUCUAAUUGAAAACUACGCGCCUUUAGAAGAAGCUAAAACAGAUUUUAUUUUGAGGAAAACUUGCAUUAUGGACGAAGAUUCAGUUCAACUUCUGAUAACGUUCGAAGCCGAUAAAGUCAGCCCGAUGACCACUCAUGCCGAACAAGAAGUGUUCACGACUUUCACUGCAAAUGAUACUAAACUUUUCACGCCGAAAGUUAACAUUCGAGAUCCGAUCGAUAAUGUCGAUCUAAAAUGGGUCGAAACUGGAAUUUGCCGACAACUUAAUGAAAAGACUGAACAAAUUGCUCGAGUUGAAGAUUUUAUGGGAACUGAGUUUGUUGAGUUAGAUUCUGAUGAUCUAAAUGCAGCAUUGUGCUGCUAUCAAGAAGUCGAGAUACCAUUCGAAAACGAAGGCGAGCUUAGAUAUCGGAAACCAGAAGACAAAGCUGAGAUUGAAGUACACGAGGAAACCGAACUCGAAUAUGAAAAACUUGCAAGGGUUGUCGAAGGAAAAUCAAUCGACCAAAUCCGAGGCACUGAGUUGCGUGACCAGGAAACUGAACUAAUAGAAUUUGAGCUUGACAGAGCGAAAGGAUCUUGGAACAAUGACCAAUCAAAAUCCCCGAAGGCAAAGAUGCAACCAAUCAUAGCAAGAGCAGAUCUUGAAUCACAAGCUGUUUCUUUCGCAACUGUUUUGCCAAGUUCUGAAACCAGCCAAGUUCGCGAAAAGGAGCAAAAAACACGUCUAUAUGAGCAUUUAGAGUCACGUAUUGACAUUUUCUCGGUUGCAACAAUGCAAGACCUGGAAUCGGAACUCGUGGUUCCGUUCUAUCCAGAAUCUCUGCCACAAGAGUCGCAAGUAGACGAAAUGAUUCUAGAACAAGAAGGAAAUUUGCAUGUUGUAACCCUGCCAGAUACAGCCAGUGAGCAUCAUUUUGGCGUCGUUCUGGAUUUGAAUCCAAGAGUGUUUGCACAAACACCUCAACGAACAGAUAUUGCGGAUGAUCUCAAAGUUGGCCUACAAAAAGCGUCUGAAAUUAUGAAAAACGUUGAGCUCGAACCUGUUGAACCUGAAGAUAUUAAAUGGAGUUCUUCAACUGUCUUUGAAACUGUUCCAAUCAAGUUAGUUCCAAACGACUUUGCUGAAGUUGUUGAGGAAAAUACCCUUGAAAAAUCAUCCCAUACUCAAGAUUCGGAAAUAGCAAAUACUGAAAAUGACGCUUUACCGUACUUCAACUGCGACUCAGAUAUUUUCUGCGAAAAGCCACCUGAAAAAGCACUGGCUAGUUAUGAACCUGGGUUGCAUGAUCCUGUCGAAGAAACAACUGUCGAUCUGCAAAUUUCAGUUGCUGCAUACGCCGACCGGAAUACUUUCAUUUGUAACCUAGUCGAAACAAGAAAAGAAACUUCCCAGGCAACUGAAAUUGAACAGAUGUCCAAAGCUCAAAGUCACAAGAUGACCGAAACGCAUGCGGUCGCGAUGUCGAACGAGGAUUUGGUCACGCCUAUGCUGCAUGCUUUUGACUUAUUGCAACUCAUUACAACCAUAAAUGAGAGGGAAACUCUAGAAAUAACGGCAGAGAAUGUUGCUUUCCCAACUGAAGACUUCACGGAUGCUAAGCCUGUUAACCCCUUUGAGAUUGAAUACUACAACUGUGAGAAAUUGGAAAUCGAUUUUAUGAUUGACGAGGCAUUUAUGAUCGAAAACACAUCAAAAGUGGAAAGUGGAAUUCCGAUGGACUUCCCAGACAUACAGGAAAGCACCUCGAGAUUCGGAUAUCUCCUGGAGCCGCAAGCAUGCAAGCCCUUGGAGGAGCCAGAUGUAGAAAAUGCAACUCUUAGGGACUCUGACGCUAAAAUUUUGAAUUCAAAAUGCUCGGAAAGCAUGCUAAUUGUGGAAGCAAUGCCUCAAUCAACCGCGCCUGUUUCAUGGAUAACAGCUGGAAAAAUCAAGAAGGUUCCAGAUAUGUCAGAAGAAAUCCUGCCGAUGAUAGUUGAGAAGGAUGACUUAAUGGAUCAGCCAAUAAACUUUCUGGACGAUGAGCCGAGCGUUUUCUCUGCCGAAGAAAAGCAAGUGAAAAUGGUCGACUUAGACGAACUUGAACUUUCGGAACCCAAAACAGUUGACCUUGAGUCAGUUCCUGAAGAAGAAAUGACAUGUAACUUCACAGAACACAUAUACGAAGCCUUACCAUUAGAAAAACUAAAUGUCGAAUGGAUGAAACUAGGUAAACCUAUUUCCCUUGAAGACCAAAAGCCCAGUCUUGAAACAUGCGCGAAAGAGCUCGAGAAGCCGACUUUGAAUCAUAGCCGAACUGUGAAACGAAACUCGAUUUUGAGUUUGGCCCACCAGCAACCAAUCGCGUUUAUAGCUCCCGGAGAAAUCAAAUCACCUGAAAAAUUCUCAGAAAACGCUGAGUUAUUCUCACAAAAAAGUUCACUCGAAAACGCCGUGAUCAAAGAGCAGAUUAUUUUAGCUCUUAAUAACGACAGCCUGGACUCGACCUUUACGGAAAAAAUUGAUCCAAAUAUCAAACCUGAGAAUGAAGAAAAAGCCUCAGCUCAGAAAGAAAAGGACAAGCCUGUUUACAAAAUUACAAAUGAAAAACUGAUUAUUUCAAUCGCAAACGUUACCGAAAUUCAAAUCCCGGAAGUUAAGUUGGAUGAGCUAUCAGAUGACGAACCCGAUAUAGGAGAAAUGGUAGAACCUGAUGCCUCAGAUUUAGUUCAGGCGGAAGUUGAUUGUGAUCACACCGAUGCUCUUCCUCUCGAGUCAGGUAAUGGAUACGUCUCUGAAAAAUUGGAAAAACUUCCUGAUGAAAAACCGCUGGACACUUGUGACAAAGCGAUAAUGGCAAACGAAAUCACAAAAACUUUGAGUCGGGUCACCGACAGAGUUCUUGUCAAAUCAGUUCCCGAGCAAAAAGGAAUCGAGUGGACGAAAGCGCCCGAGUUUUAUGAUGAAACCAUUCCGAUGUUCCUUUCUCCCCCCGUGGAAUCUGCCCCUGUAGAAUCAACACUUGACGAACCAUUUUUUGACGAGAUUCGAGACGCAGUCGCAAAAAUUGAGGAAUUUCCACUUUUAACUACGGAACCGGUCGUAAUCACGAAGACAAAGCCGGUUCAUUUGGCAAAGACAAGAAUAGUGGAACCAUUAUACGUAGCUACUGAAAAAAGAGACUUUGAGCUUUCAGCUCUUACAGAAGAAAAAGAAUACAUACCUCAGUACCUGGAAGAAUUGGACGACGUGGAGCCCGAAUGCGUCGAUGAAGAGUCUCUGGACAAAUUAAACCAAGCCGAAUUCACAGAAAAUGACGUGCUUGCUAUUUGUACCAAUGAAUUUGAAAAAAUGACGGCAACGCAGCGCGUUGAAAAAGUCAAUGUCGCACCGGAAAUGGAAACGUGUAGACCUAUAACCAACGCCCAGUCUGAACUUAGAACGAUCGCCUUGAAACCAAGUGAAAGAAUUUGUGCGGCGCCUGAAAUGAGAACUGUCUUGACUGAAAAGACAGAUGCCUUAGGUAAGAAGCCUGUAUCUGUUCAAAUUGAUAAAAUUCAGGUCAUUGAAAAACUACCAAAACCUACGGAAUUGUUGGCCAAAAUUCUUUCAAACGGACUGGAAACAACACCUCAAGAUCAGAAUAACCAGGAACGUGCGGAUCCUGUACCAGUGAAAGUCGAAAGCGAAAGGUGCGGUGGAAAACCCACGCCUGAUCCAAACUUGUUCACACCUGAUAAUGAGCAUCCGUUGUAUUAUCGACUUGUGCUGAACUGCGACGUUGCACACAACGAUGUUGGAGAGUUCUUUGAAACGAAACCAAUAGCACCUGUCCAUUUCGAUCACAUGCCGAUUCUAGAAGAUGAAGAAAUAAUUGCUCCCGAUGCUCCCGAUAACCUUGAAGAAGCUCCCGACGAGUUCCCAAGUGAUGAUACUCACACGUCACGUGAAGGAAUAAUCGAGUGGUUCAAAGCCGAACAACUACCAAAUCAGAAAGAAAUCGACCAACCGUCGAAGCUUUUCGUCGCAAAAGAAAACCUUUUUACUUCUAGGCUAAUGAGGGAAUCGAGGAUCAGCUCGAAGCCGAAGCAGGAUGAAAUUGAAUUGCAAUCAGCCAAAUAUAUCAAACCUGUUAAAAUGGAAAGAGUUGAUCUUCAAAUUGUACCAGACAAGAAAAUGAAUACACAUACAAUCGACGAAGCGAUUGUCGUAAAGCUCGGCAAGAUUUUAGAAAAGCCGGUUGAGCAUAUUUGGCUCGAGAAACGUUUCAUCCCAAUCUCGCUAGAAGUUACAGGAUCUCUUUUGAACGAAAAGUUGAGAAAAGCAAGGACAGAUCCGACCCAAAUACGUGGUAUUUUGCCCAUUGCUGAAAACAUACUGCGCAUGUGGCCUAAAGAUCAUCCGAGAUUAUUUUGGGACCUUUUCUGCCAGUUUAUUUUCUCACUUCCAAACGGUCCUGGUAAUCCCUGGGAACUGAAUAUAGUCGGAAGUUACGAGCAUGGGCCGAAAGGAGAUCUACAGGUUAUGGUUGAAGAUUUGCAUCAAUGGUCGGAAUAUGAAAUGUUCUCGCCUGGGUACGAGCUCGAUAGGACUCGAGUUUUCGACUAUCCGACCAUCAAGCUAAUUGAAACUUGGUACAUCAUAAUUUACGAAUACUUUUGCGGAUCGAAAGAAGAAAGCAACAUCAGGAUACAAGCGAAGAUUGACAAGCUAGUCGCAGACCGAAUGAAAGCAUUAAAGACCAAACUUGAUAAGCAACUGGAUGUUCAUAAAAAAGCCUUGAAGCCUUCCCUAUCGGACUCUGAAGACGAGAGUUCCGAAGAGUCGGAUACCAGAUCAUCAGGAGUCGGAACUCUAGAUGAAGGAACUGACUACAGAACAAUCGAGGGCAGUGACGACGAAGCUGAUUUUGUUGCAAGGUCCAAGGUACCAAGAAGCCAGAGGGCCCCUAGAAGCUACUCGACAUCAUCGGAGGAAUCUGACUCCGAGAUAUUCGAUUCCGACCCGGAAUUAGAAUUGAGGCGAAUGGGAGGAGAGAUUGAGCUUGACUUCCUGAAUCCGAUCUUGGAAACUUGCGGAUACCUGCCAGAGGGUGCUGAUUUGACUAAGUUAAAAGGACAUGUUGCUUUCGACAAUAAAUUCAAACUGACAGAGUUGCCUCAAGACUUUGGCCAGACUGUCUUUGAUUCCGAUAAUUUCAAUUUGGACCUCAAAUUGAGAGAAAUAAUUGACGAAGACAAGAAAUUCGAUAAUAAUGAAUCAAGUUUGAAGAAAUUUGACAAAACGCAUGACGAUGUCCUGAAAUUCCCCGAGGAUAUAAUUUCGCAACCGUGUCUGAAAUCCCACAAAAUUUCCACCGUUGCUCUUGUCGGAAAGAAUGAUACUCAGAUCCCGAUGAAAGAGUUGAUAUUUCUGCUCGAAACUGUGCAGAAAAGAUUCCAUAAACGAACUAUUCAGCCUUUUGAAAUUUACGAAGUUCUAAAAACAAUUACUCAAGUUGAAGGCAGAGAACUUACUGGGCCGACAAAAGAUCCAAAAAUUUCAGAAGAACAGAGUCUGGUCGAAAAACGAAGAGACCUCAUAUGGAAUUUCGAUUCAGAUUACAAAGAAGAUGUUGACAAGAUUUCAGAAUUUUUGUCACAAAAGGCCUACUUCAAUCAGAGAAAAGAGCUAAUUGAACUGGAAAGAAAGCUGAAAUCUUGGAGGAAAGAAGAGUUGGGAGAGGAAAUUUACUACAUGUUGCAAUGGCGACCUCAAGAAAAACAAACCGAAGCUAACAAUGAAGAAAAGCCGACUCAGGAAACUGAAGAAGUUUCUAAGCUUCAAGAUGAGCGAGAAAUCAGAAGGUACAAAUUGUUCAAAGAAUGUGUGAAAAAAGAACUGAUAAUCAUCAAAGAGCUGAAAAAUAUUCCACGUGAAUUUACAGACCAACUCGUGAGCCUCGUUAUCAAAUUCUUGGAUUUGAAGAACCAAGAUUUCCUGGAACCGGAAAUAGACGAGCUGCUCUAUUACAUAACCGAGAUUUCAAAUCUGGACGAUGAUGCAAUCUUCCCAUGGGUGGAAAAAGCGACACCUGAAAUGAUUAUAAAAACCAGAACAACUCUGAAAGACAAGAAAUCAGCGCCUGAUUCUCAAAAUACAAAAACUGUAGAAGAUCAUUUGAGAAUUCUCAAGAAACAACUAUUAGAAAGCAAAGAUGAUAAAGACACGUCAAUUUUGGAAGAUCCAUCCAAAAUUUAUAUGCUGAAAUUGAUACAAUACAUUGAAGUAAUUAUAAAAACAAAAACUGGGGUUCGAAAAUACCGCGAAAGAAAUCUAGAUUUUGACGAUAAAGUUAGAAAAGAUACUGAUUCCAUCUUUACCAGAGCUUUUGAAACCGACCCAGAAAAACCAAUUUUUGCUAGAUGGAUUGUUGAAAACUUGUCAAAAGAAGAAAGAAACGUCUUGAAUUCUGUACGAAAACAGUUUUACAGAUUUUAUGUCUCGAAAAUUGUUUCUGAAGAUACGACCCUUUUGAAUUGUAGAAAUACACAGACAUCAAUAAUUCUGCAGAGGAUUUUGGUUUCCUUCUGGCUAUCGUUCAAAUUUACAGAAUUUGAGAAUUUGUCGGCAAAAAUAAAUUUAAUUGCAAAGCGACGCACCGAUGUCUCUUCAACAACAAAUGAGGACGCCUCAAAAUUCAAGCCUGUCACUUUCUACGAAACGGUUUCGAAGUUCGUUGAAGUUGACCAAAAGAUGAGUUCUCCCAUUUUGAAUACAGACAUUGAACCUUGCGAUAUCAUUCUAAGAACAUAUGUGAACCAAAAGGUUAAGUUCUACGUAAAAGAGUUGUGGAGCAAAGUUGGCAUGCUUUUGGAGUCUUUUGCAUGGCAGUUUAUGACUCCCGAAACUUUCGCCAACCAAACACAACGAAGAGCGAUAUUGACCUUGAUUUACUCAAGCAACGUUGUCUACACAAUUCUGAGAAGCAAAGGCUACAACUACGUACCAUCGUUGCAUCUGCUUGAAAAGGAUACCGAAAUUAGGUCAAAACUUCCAAAGGGAAUCGACUUGAGAGUUGUUGUGCACAUGAUUCGGCUAAUUGAGACAACAAUGGUCAGUUUCCUCGUGAUCAACAUGUUUGAGCCUGAACUCACUGACUAUGCGAGAAAUGUUCUGGUGACCGAAUUGAUCAAGAAUCCAACUGAUGAAAUGGACGAUGGAGCUGAAAAGAAACCGGAAGUCAUAAGUGAACCUGAAAACUUAAAAACUCUGCAAAUGUUUGCAUUGAGAACACAGGUCACAAUCUGCGUUAGAUUCUCUAUUCAAAUUAAUGAGAGAAUGAUUGAAAGGCCGCAAAGGUUGAUCAAAUCAGUUGAAAAUUUGAUCCGCUACCUGAAGCCAAAGGAAGGAUUGCCUAAAAAACCAACAGACAAGAAAAAAACCACAAAACCAGAGGAUGACAGUUCAAGGCCAGAAUCAGUGCGAUUGGUUGAAAAGGUGGUAGAAAGAUACCUAACUGAACAGAUUAUUCAGGCAGACUUUGAUAAAAUCAAUGUCGAUGUUGAAAGUCCUCUCUACAAAAGUUGGAUCUUAGAACCCACUUGCACAGACGAACGAUCCACAGCGGAACCAGAGUUUUCUCCCUAUGAAGACUUGGAUGACGUUGAAAGUGACACGAAAACACCUAAAGAUAAAGUAACCAUCACAAUUCUGCAGAAAUUAAUCCGAAAAUUGUUGCCAGCACGUUUUGUAUGUGACGUCAUAAACUAUAAUCAAAAGAUUAAAAAAGCGUCUCGAACCCCAUGGGAUAGCGAAAACGUUAGAGAACCCGAUGAAAACGAAGAGGUAUCUGUGGGGAGCACUGAUCCAGUUGAAGCCAGUCCAGAUGAUUUGAUUGGCAGUUCCGAGUUCUAUGGUCCUGAAAGAUGGUCCAAACCAGGAAAAGCUCCAACAAAACAUCUAGCCGACACACCUGAGUUGCUAAUGCCGCCUAAUUGGAGACUAUCAGUUCCAGGGACUAGUAUCAAGGAUCCCAAAUAUGACAAAUCAGGGAAACUGUUAGGGCUUCUCAGUUCCAAAGAGAAGAGACCACAAAGCGAAGAUGAAACAUCGAUUAAAAGAAUGCCUAUCAACCCAGUGGAACUAAUCGAUGCUGAGGAUGCAGAUGACGUAACUCCUAGAAUUUAUGGCGUUGAGGGAACCAUCUCAGAUCUUCUGUUCCGAUUUGCCAUGUUCGGAGUUGAAACUUACGAAGUUGAUGGAAUUGUGAUGAACAAAAUCGACGAAGAGCCCUUAAGAGAUCUCCCAGCGCACGAUAUCUUCCUCGAAACAGUAUUACACCCUGUUAAGAAACCAGAUGAAACAAGAGAACUUUCGAGUUAUCUCAAAAAACCAAAAAUCACUCAGAGAAUGAAACCAAUGGUAGGUGUUCCAGAUGAUGGUGAAACUCCGGAGGCCCUGACUGUAUAUGAUUGGAUCUUCACAAGCAACCGACCAUUGCAACCAGCAGACAUGAGACGCCCCGGUCAACUCAGAGAACCAGCGGUGGAAAGGAAGACUCCAAAAGAACCGGGUUCUGAGUUGAUAGAUCCAGAGUUAUUGACUGUUUACUUCACCGAAUUGGAAAAGACUCCCGAAAUGCGACGUUUCCUGAGAACGUUUUCACCUGAACCAGAAGAUUUGUCUGUUAAAUUGCGUGGGUUCAUGGCAUCGAUGAAUUUUGAGAGGCCCAAUUACGCCCCGAAGGUUCACGGAAAAUUCGUUUCUCUGAAUAAAUUCAAAAGUUCCAUCAAGUUCUUCACUGAUGAAAUCAAGCCUACAGAAAAACCCAGAGGAUUAGACGCACCACCUGAUUUUACAUGGUCUCAGUUCGACCUUGACUUUUUCACACCAAAAUCAGAAUCCGGAACUGAAAAUCCACCGAAAUUGCCCGAAGACUUAAGCUACCCCAGAAAACAUCCUGAUGAUUCAUUGAUCACGAAACAAACUAUUGAACUUCAAUUUGAAAGAAUACUCCGAACUACAACAACAACUUACUCAGUAACUUUUUUCGACAUUCCUGAAAAAAUAUAUCCAGAAAUUGGUAAAAGGAGUGAAAUUGUGCAACCACUGGUAGAUCCCAGAACACCACAGGAUCCAGAAUUGGAGAAAUUGAGGCCUCAUUUCGACAAAGUGAUCUCCUUCAAGGUCCUGACCAAACCAUUGAUUCCUAAACGUGAUGUUGUUAUUCCUAAAAACUUAUAUAAGAAGUUGAUGACCAUGCCGAAAGAAAACGUUGACAAGAUCAUGACACCGAAAGAGUUCAGCCCUUUCUUGAAAGAACUUGACUCCGAAUUCAAAAAAGAAGAACCGGAGAAUAUUCUUGAACAGUAUCCUUUGAAAUAUUCUUUCAAUUACAUCACUCAAAGCACAGACUUUUAUGUUCUUCAUCAUCCUAAAAUUUCAACUUUCAAAGGAUCUUUGGUCACUGAUUAUGAGUUUGGCAAAGUCGUCGAAUGCGAAGCGAAAUGGGCAAGACCAAUGGAACUGACAGUUCAAAGUCGCAAAACCAGAGUAGCCAAGUCUAUACCAAGCCGCAAACCGAAGCGACAUACAGUUAAAGUGACUGAAGUUUCAGUAGCACUGGCAUCGAUAGCCAAAGAGCCAGAGCCAUUGCUUGAGUUCCAAACCAGUGAACCGGAGUUUGCAAUGAUACUGGACACCGAGAAUCAAUUGCAAUCAGAAGCGCCUGGAUUUGGCUUGCCAGAUUUCUACGAUGGAUUUGGCGUUGAGAAAACAUUGAUCGGAUCUCUUAGAGUGGAUCCAUUGGAAAAAACAAAACCGAAAGCUGAAAACGCAAAACUGAUCAAAAUAAAACCCGAUCUGAACUCAGCAACUGUUCACGUCUCUAAAUUGAUUUCCAAGCAGAAAAAUUCCGACGAAGAAUUCAACGAGAGAACAGUGCCCAUUCAAGGUUCGAGAAUACGUGAACAGGCCUUCGGAGAUCAUGUGAAACCAGCAGUAGCAAAGAACCAAGUUAUCACUACUGAAAUCUACCAGGGUUCCGGUUGGUUGGCUGAGGAAAAACCCAACUUGAGGUGCGAAGAGAUUCUCCCCGCAAUUGAAGAAUACCCAUUUUACGAGACAAUACCUGAGUCGGGUUUGUGUUCAGCACCAAUCAAUUUGUUCAAUGAUGAAAGCCGAAUUGCGGUUCCUUUUGAGGCGACGUUGAAGCUGGAGGAAACAAUGCCACUUCACCUUAUGGUCGAUGAAGACACAUUUGCGAUGUUGAUUGAAGAAACAAGACCAGUUGAAAAUGCUCCUGUGAUUCCUUUUGAUGACCUUGCCAAAGAUUGCUUCGUAGAACCCAAAGAGUUUGGAUUUACAUGGAUAAAGCCUGAAACUUUCAAACCCGAAAAAGAACCAGUUAGGGUUAGUUUGGUUCAUCAGAAACCGGUCGACCUUCAUUGCAGACGUUAUGAAAUAUCAACCCGGGCUAGAAAUGCAGACAAUCAGGAACACCUGCUAAGCGCUAUUCCAGUCACACCAAAACAGAAGAUCGUCGAACAUUGCAAAGAGGUGUUAUAUAAACCCGCAAAUCUGAACGAAGUUUCAGUGAGAGAAAUAACACUUCAAGGUAUUACAAUAGUAGAUCAAAUGAGUGAAGUCACCUUUAAAGACGAACCAUUCACCGUAGCUCCAACAUACGCAACACAGAGCGACCUUGAAAUGCCUGGAUAUGGUCCGAAAGAUUUCAGCGUCCAUUUGUUCAGCAUCUUCAGAGCCAACGCACGUCCCGAGGAGUUCUCGCGAUGCAAGACAGUCCAGAUACCCACGGAUAAAUUUGCUAGUUUGGACGAAGAUGCUUAUGCGUUUGAAGAGGAAACGGAUGCAACGUUGCAGACAAAUCCUGGAAUCUUCAAGCCUCAGAUCUACGGAAUCGACGAUGAUGAUUGGUGGGAGGGAUACGACAAACAACUCAAAAUCAUUCAGUUGAAGGAAAACGAAGUUUCAGGCGGCAAUUCGCUUUCCAGGAAUUGUCCUGUUCGUGGAAAUAGGAACGAGAGGCUGAAGUGGUUGUGGAAAAAGGCGACUCUGAGAAUCAAGACUAUAAGUGCUUUCAAAAAACCGAUCACGAAGGGUAUGCUGAUGUACAUGGAGAAAACUUUCUACGACAUGGGUUUCGACUCUCCUUCCAAGGGUGGCUGGGACAGUGUCGACUCCGCCUCUGGCUCCUCCGAGCCCCAACUGGACCCCAGUCGUCCCCCCUCGGAGCCGAUGUUCCUGGUGAAGCCGACAGACGACAUCUUCUUCACUGGGAAGACUAUACGAGUGGAGGUUGAAGUGUCAGGAAAUCCGAGGCCGACUGUCUCCUGGUUAAAGGAAAAACUAACUAUUGUGGAGAAUGAGAGGAUAACAUUUGGCCGUGAUGACUCAUCUAACAGACACUGGAUGGUGAUCAGAGAUGCGAGUGUGACUGACGAGGCUUCUUAUUGCGUCACUCUCUCCAGUUCCAUCUCGCCACUACCCACUCAGUGCUCAUUCGACCUCAUGGCUGUAGAUGAAGGUCUGACGCAGAUGGUGAAAGAGAGCAGACAGAUAUCGCGUGCCUCUCUCUCCAGGGCCUCCAUGUCCAGGUCAGACAUACCUGGAAGCAGGAUGGGACUACAGUCUGGAGGAACCUCGAGGGCAGACGACACUCUCAUUGAGGAAGAGGAUCUGGGAGAACCGCGAGCUCCUGAGUUUGACGAUGAGCUGAAUGACAUGUCGGUCAAAGUGGGCAAGAACUGUAAGAUGGGCUGCGAGGUGUCCGGAAACCCAAUCCCAGUGGUUUCGUGGAGAAAAGAUGGCAGGCCAAUCAAAGCGGGUGGCCGAAUCACCAUUCAGCAUAAAUCAGACGGAGAGUGUUCACUGAGGAUAUCAAAGGUGACAAGGGAAGAUCAGGGAGACUACAUCUGUGAGGCGACGAACAAGUUCGGCAAACUGAUCACCGAGGCCAGACUCACAGUCAAGUCGUGAACGGAAAUAAAAUAGAGAAAUUGAAGGAAAAAAAAACAUCAUCUUUAGCCAAAAAACUGUUCAAAAUUUAAACAAAGUCAAGGUCAAAUCACAUGGCCAAUCUACUACUGUAGGAUGAUUUCUUGUAAAAAUGAUGUAAAAAGUUUGAAAGCAACCAAGCAAGCUGGUCAAAUCACGAGGUCAAUCUAUCAUUGUCGGGUGAUUUCAUGUAAAAAAUUGUGUAUAAAUUUGAAAGCAACCAAGUAUCUUGUACAUACAUUUAAAAAAUACGAACGGUAAUUCAUGGUAU